AUGGAUCUGCUAAAGAAUAUUAUAGCGAAACAGAAGGAGGCAGUUGCAGCGGAGAAGGAGGCUACGGGUGGGCAGCGGUGGAUUCAGCGGGGAAAGCUUGAACAGCAGCUUCGCGAGGAGGCGCAGCGGAAAAGCCUUGAGGAAGAAAAGAAGCGGAAAAGGGAGGAGAAUGAGAGGCUGAAGGAACUCGCUCGGCACUUGGCAGCGAAGAAACGGAAGGACGAUGAAUCGGCGGAGCCCGCUGGCCAUGCGGCAGAUGUGCACGACUUGUUGCUGAACGAUGAAGAGACAGAGCCUCCUCUACCGAAGCACGAAAUCGUCAAGAAACUGCGGAAAAUGAAGGAACCGAUCACGCUCUUUGGGGAAACUGACUGGCAGCGGUACACCCGGCUGUGUGAGUUGGAGCUCCUUCACCAUGAGGAUGAGUUGAUGGGGGGACAACGGAAUGCAUUCCUCAACCCCCAGGACGACGAUGAAGAGGAUGAAGACAACCACAAAGAGAGAACCACCAGCCCGCGACGUCGCCCACGAAGUCGAGAGUGGGAAUCCGUGGGAGCGGGUUCGGAAUCGUCGCCUGCGCACGCCAAGUCAGAGGGCGAGGGCGCUCAGAACGCCGCGUGCAGGGGUCAACCAGAAGGCAGUCCUUCUCGCGCCCCGGAGGCGCAAGACGCAGGAACCAGAGGAAGCAAGGAGUCGGCGACUGCGGAGUCAAGCGCGACGGACGCGGCGGGUUUAGGAAGCGACGAGGACGGCUCAGAGGCGGAAGCGGGCCGCGGUGAAGAGAAAGAACGGCAGUCGAAAGAAACUGUGGUCAUGCGGUGGAUUCGGACGAUGCUUCACGAAUGGGAAGCAGAACUGAAAGCCAGGCCCGACGAGAAGAAAAACAACGCCGAGGGCAAACUCAUGACGAGCCUCCAGCGACAGACCCGAAAGGAUUUAAAACCUCUGCUCAGAAAGCUGCGUCACAGAGAGCUUGAACAAGACAUUCUGCAGAAACUGUACACCAUGGUGCGGUGUUGCGAGGAGAGGAAAUACCGCAGCGCCCAUGACACGUACAUGCUCCUGGCCAUCGGCAACGCGGCGUGGCCAGUGGGGGUGACGAUGGUCGGCAUUCACGAGCGCGUGGGACGGUCGAAGCUCUUUUCUUCCCAAGUGGCGCACAUUCUGAACGACGAGACCACGCGCAAGUAUAUCCAGAUGUUCAAGCGGCUUAUGUCCUUCUGCCAAAGGCGCUACCCUGCAGACCCGUCCCAAACGAUUUCGCUGAGCACCAUUCACAUAUGA